AUGUCGAGCUCGUCGGGCGUGCCAGAGUCUUGGAUCGCAUCCUUCUGCUCCCUACUGGGACACGAGUAUUUUGCCGAAGUGUCGGAGGAAUUCAUCGAAGAUGACUUCAACCUUACCGGCCUACAGACCCAGGUCGCCAUGUACAAGGAGGCUCUCGAGAUGAUCCUUGAUGUCGAGCCCGAGGACGAUGAUGACGAGGAGGAGGAAGACGAGGAGGAUGAGGAAGACAUGUCCGGUGGCGACGGGAUUAACAAGCCCCAUGGCGAAAGGAGACACCACAGCCGCAUCGCGAGCGACCUCUCUGUGAUCGAGUCCUCGGCCGAGAUGCUGUACGGCCUGAUCCAUCAGCGUUUCAUUUGCUCGCGCGCCGGCAUCCAGCAAAUGUCGGAAAAAUACGAGCUAGGCCACUUCGGCAUCUGCCCGCGCACAAACUGCAACCAGACCCGGACGCUGCCCGUCGGCCUCUCCGACACACCCGGCGAAGACACGGUCAAGCUGUUCUGCCCGUCGUGCCUGGACGUCUACGUGCCACCAAACAGCCGCUUCCAGACGGUCGACGGCGCCUUCUUCGGCCGCACCUUUGGCGCGCUCUUCCUCAUGACCUUCCCCGAAUACGACCUGACCAAGACGGGCGCCGAGAGCGUCAGCAACCUCACAAGAUCCGGCUCUGACGACACCACCGUCAUCAACGGCAUGUACGCGCGCAACAUAGCCCCGGGGCUGGGCCGGGGCAAGAUCUACCACCCCAAGAUCUACGGUUUCAAGGUGUCGGAGGUGGCGCGCUCUGGGCCGCGCAUGCAGUGGUUGCGCAGCAAGCCUGACGACCUGAGUGUGCUGGACGAGGCUCGUCGCUAUGCGGAACAACAAGGGUCGGAUGACGAGGACGAGACCAUGGGGGUGAGCAGCAGGACAGCGUCAAGGCGGCGGGGGCCCCCUAGGAGGCAAAAGCAGAAUGGGAGUCCGAUGGCGGUCGAACAGAAUGGGGGUGAGUCGGAGCUUUGA